UCAUGUGCAAGCGGAAUUAGCUCGCGUACACAAACACGAGGAUAAUGUGUAUGUGCGCCAGAAAUCUUUUAUUUAACAAUAAUUAAUUGAUAAUAAUAACCGCCACUAGUGAUGACAACGCUCGUUCUUGAUAAUGGAGCCUACACGGCGAAAAUUGGAUACAGCCACGAAAAAGUCAGCGUUAUCCCGAACUGCCAGUUCCGCUCCAAAACCUCCAGACUGAAAACCUUUACGGCCAACCAGUUGGAUGAAAUCAAGGACCCAUCUGGUCUGUUCUAUAUCCUGCCUUUUCAGAAGGGAUACCUGGUGAAUUGGGAUGUGCAGCGGAAGGUGUGGGAUCAUCUGUUCGGAAAGGAAAUGUUCAAGGUGGAUUUUGCAGACACCAGUAUAGUGAUCACCGAACCAUACUUUAACUUCACCUCAAUCCAGGAGUCUAUGAAUGAGAUUCUGUUUGAAGAGUACCAGUUCCAUGCAGCUCUCAGAAUCAACGCUGGGUCCCUGAGCGCACACAGGUACUUCCAGGAGAACAGCUCGGAGCUGUGUUGCAUCGUUGUGGACAGCGGGUUCUCUUUCACUCACAUUGUCCCCUACUGCAGGGGGAAGAAAAUGAAAGACGGAAUCUGCAGGCUGAAUGUGGGUGGGAAGCUGCUGGCCAAUCAUUUAAAGGAGAUCAUCUCAUACAGGCAGCUACAUGUUAUGGAUGAAACGUAUGUGAUCAAUCAGGUCAAGGAAGACGUGUGUUAUGUGUCCCAGGACUUCUACAAGGACAUGGAAAUAGCUCAGUUAAAAGGAGAGGAGAACACGGUGAUGAGAGACUAUGUGCUGCCGGACUUCAGUGCCAUCAAAAAGGGCUUCUGCAAGCCUCGGGAGGAGAUGAACUUCACAGGGAAGUAUAAGACUGGGGAGCAGAUCCUGCGCCUGGCCAAUGAGAGGUUCGCAGUGCCAGAGAUGCUCUUUCACCCCUCCGACAUCGGCAUUCAGGAGAUGGGCAUUCCAGAGGCCCUGGUCCACUCUGUCAACAAUCUGCCCGAGGAGAUGCAGCCCCACUUCUUCAAAAACAUCGUCCUCACGGGCGGCAACACCUUGUUUCCGGGGUUCCGGGACCGGGUGUACAAGGACGUCCGCUCUCUCACUCCCACUGACUUUGAUGUGUCUGUGGUGCUGCCACAAAACCCCAUCUGCUACUCAUGGGAGGGUGGCAAGCUCCUGUCAGAGAACCCGGACUUUGACGAGAUGGUGGUCACUCGAGAGGACUACGAGGAGAACGGACAUUUCAUAUGCGAAGAGAAGUUUGAUAUUUAAUGCGGCAAACUCCUCCUGCAUGGCACUCACAAGAAAGGAGGGGAACAACGUGUUGAGCGCUCCCACAAUGUAGUUCUGCCAUGUAAAUAGUGGGCAUUUCAAAACCAGUCUGUCUGUGUCAGAUGUAAAUAAUGUAGGUCACUGGAUUCAUUUCAUAACUAAAAGGAGGGUCCAUACAGCACU